GACUUGCUGAGCCUCUAGGACCCAGAAAUUGCUUGGAAGUUCCCAGCAAAGCUACUGCUCUGCAUUGCCUUCCUUCAAGUAGAACUUUCUAUUUCUUGAUUCCUUCCAUGGAAAACUCGAACUCUCUGAAACAACAAAAAGAAAACAAAGAGCUGGAGGAAGCAGAAAGGCCAUGGGAAGGAAAGUCAGCAACUUUUCUCCAGGAACCUGAUCCCCAAUCACCUGAGUGCUUGGAAGAGGAGCAGAAAGUGGACACUGGACCCCAAUCAAGGAGCAGCCCCCUUCUGAGCUACCAGUCCAGAGCCAGACUAUCUCUGGAAGACCUCACAGAACCAGGAGCAUCACCCUCCCCUUCUCCUUCUCCUCCUCAGGAGUGCCAUUCCACUCCUCCCCUGACUCCAUCCAGGCAUGACUUUGUGGUUUUAUCACAGUCAGAGAAGAUCACUAGCGAGAUUCCUGACUCUGGGACACGCCAUUCUGAUCCUUGGGAACCAUCUUCUGAUGUAAGAGAAUCAAUUCCGCACUACACAAGUCAAAAAGAGGCAAGCACCCUCCCACAGUCCCAGCCAUCACAACCUGAUGUGUGUGAGCCAACUGAUGCCAGCCAUGACAACUCCAAACAAAAAGGACUGAGAUUUGACCUUUUUCAGGAGGAAGAUUCACACAGUAACUGUGAUCUGGACCAGCCUAAGCCUGGGGCCAAUGGAGCAACCCCCAGCAUGCUUGAGGUGGCCAUUCAGAAUGCAAAGGCAUACCUGCAGAGUACCAGUAGCAAAUCAGGCUUAAAUCUAUACGAUCAUCUUUCCAAUGUGUUGACCAAGAUAUUAGAUGAACGUCCUGCAGAUGCUGUUGACAUCAUUGAAAAUAUUAGCCAAGAUGUGAAAAUGGCACAUUUUAAUAAAAAAUUAGAUACACUCCAAAGUGAAAAUGAAAUGCUUCCAGCAUAUGAAAUAGCAGAGAAGCAAAAGGCCCUUUUUCUUCAAGGACAUUUAGAAGGAGCUGAUUCAGAACUGGAAGAUGAAAUAGCAGAAAGCUCUCUUCCCAAUGUGAUGGAGUCAGCCUUUUAUUUUGAACAAGCUGGAGUUGGAUUAGGGACAGAUGAGACUUACCGAAUAUUCCUUGCCCUCAAGCAACUCACUGAUACACACCCAAUCCAAAAAUGCCGUUUCUGGGGCAAGAUCUUGGGUCUGGAAAUGAAUUAUAUUGUUGCCGAAGUAGAAUUUCGUGAUGGAGAAGAUGAAGAGGAGGUGGAAGAAGAAGAUGUAGCUGAAGAAAGAGACAAUGGAGAAAGUGAAGCCGAUGAAGACGAGGAAGACGAACUACCGAAGCCCUUGUACAAGGCCCCACAGGCUAUUCCGAGAGAAGAAAGUAGAACAGGUGCCAACAAGUACGUCUAUUUUGUUUGCAAUGAGCCAGGACGACCAUGGGUGAAGCUACCACCAGUUACACCUGCACAAAUUGUUACUGCAAGAAAAAUCAAGAAAUUUUUCACUGGGCGACUAGACGCUGCCAUCAUAAGCUAUCCACCUUUCCCAGGAAAUGAGAGCAAUUACUUACGAGCACAAAUUGCCCGAAUUUCAGCAGGAACCCAUGUCAGCCCCCUAGGAUUCUAUCAGUUUGGUGAAGAGGAAGGAGAGGAGGAGGAAGAGAUAGAAGGUGGUCGAGAUACCUAUGAGGAAAACCCUGAUUUUGAAGGCAUCCAAGUGACUGACCUAGUGGAAUCUCUAUCCAACUGGGUUCAUCAUGUACAACAUAUUCUACCUCAGGGUCGCUGUAAUUGGUACAAUCCUAUACAAAAAAAUGAGGAAGAGGAAGAGGAAGAGGAUGAAGAAAAAGGAGAAGAACCUGACUACAUAGAACAGGAAGUGGGGCCUCCUCUUUUGACACCACUCUCUGAAGAUUUAGAGGUUCAGAAUAUACCCUCUUGGACAACACGUCUGUCCUCAAAUCUGAUUCCACAAUAUGCUAUCGCAGUCCUUCGAUCCAAUCUUUGGCCUGGAGCAUAUGCCUUUUCCAAUGGCAAGAAGUUUGAAAAUUUCUACGUAGGCUGGGGCCAUAAGUAUAGUGUGGAGAAUUACACACCCCCAAUCCCACCACCAGUUUACCAAGAAUAUCCCAGUGGACCAGAAAUUACAGAAAUGGAUGACCCUAAUGUGGAAGAGGAGCAGGCUUUCAGGGCUGCCCAAGAGUCUGUUGUACUUGCAGCUGAGAAUGAAGAAACAGAAGAUGAAGAUGAUGAUGACUAACACAAAGUUGGCAUCUUGUUUUCUUGUGUGGCACUGACACAAAGUGUUUAUGGGUGUCUGGUGUGUGUGUGUGUGUGUGUGUGUGUGUGUGUGUUGGAAAUUACCGUGAAAAACGUACGCAGUAAUUCAAAAAUAGCAAAUUGGGAGUGGGGGCUGGUGAGAUGGCUCAGCAGUUAAGAGUAUGUUCUGUUCUUACAGAGAACCAGAGGUUGG